AUGUAUGGCAACCGUCCUUAUGGUCGUCAGGACCGGACUACGUACCAGCAAAAUAUCGACCAGCAGCUAGCGUCGCAGGAGAAGAAGACGUCUUACCGUCGAACGGUUGACCAUGGAAGUAACAUGGGGAGAUGGCAUAUUCAACGAAGUCUUGGAAUCACCGAUAAUCCAAUUGGUAAAAUACGGCCUGAAUCGUCGUAUUUGAUAGAUCUUCUUCCAUCCCUUGCAUACAAGUCGUCGUCUGUGAAUCCAAACCGAGGCAAUGCGGCGAUUAUGGACGUUCAAACCAAAUUUGUGCAUCUUUCAUCCAACAAAGCCAAACAUUCGAUCAACACUGUUAAAUGGACUCCCGAGGGUAGACGACUUCUCGUGGCUUCCCAUUCCGGAGAAUUCACCAUCUGGAACGGAAUGACAUUCAACUUUGAAACCAUCAUGCAAGCACACGAUCUGGCGGUUUUGGCCCUCAAGUAUUCUCACAACGACGACUGGCUUUUGAGUGGAGAUCAAACCGGAGCCAUAAAAUAUUGGCAGCCCAAUUUCAACAACGUCAACAUAAUCAAUGGUCACAGCGAUGCAAUCCGAGACAUUGCAUUUUCGCCCAACGAUUCCAAAUUUUUGACGGCUUCCGACGACUCAUCGAUGAAAAUUUGGAAUUUUAAUAAUGGAAAAGAAGAAAGAACGCUUGCCGGCCACCACUGGGACGUUAAGAGUGCGGACUGGCACCCCAGUAUGGGGCUCAUAGUGUCGGGAUCCAAAGAUAACUUGGUCAAACUCUGGGAUCCUCGAGCUGCCAACAGCAUUUCUACCCUCCACGGCCACAAGCACACCAUCACCAAAACCCGGUUUCAAACCGCAGGAACCAGCCGGCUCUUGGCGUCGGUAGCACGAGACAGAUCUUGCCGGAUUUUCGACUUGAGAACAAUGAAAGAUUUCUUGGUUAUUCGCGACCAAGAUACCGACUUGUCGUGUGUCGAAUGGCACCCUAUUCACCCUUCUAUGAUAACCACCGCGGCCUAUGACGGCUCCAUGAGCCACUACCUCCUCGACACGUUCAUCAGUGAAAGUAAUACCAUCAAAAAUGAAACCAGUGCCAGUUCGGGGUCGGCAAUCGAAGCCGUUCACAAAGUUCCAUAUGCUCACGAAAGAGCCAUUAAUGCCCUUGAAUACCAUCCUUUGGGUCAUUUGCUCUGCUCAGCAGGCGCAGACAGGUCUGCACGUUUCUGGUCUCGAGCUAGACCCAACGACCCCAUGUCGUUCAAAGAUGCGUUGUACACCAACGACAAGGUUGGCGCAUGGUACUAUGGAGUUAAUAAUAAUAUUAAUGCUGUUUUGGAAGACACUUCUGCUUCCACGGCCGAGGUGGCAGCACAGCCAGGAAUCAACUUGCCGGGAUUGAACAACUUUAACGGCAAUGCUCCGGAAAUGAGAGAUUCUUACGCAAUACCAGGGUUGAGAGGGCACUAA